UUCCCCUGCGCUGGCGAGCCGAGCGAACUCACUGAGCAACGCGGCCGGGCUAUGACCUCAGAGGCGCUGCUGCUGCUGGUGCUGGGGGCGUUGGGGGCGCCGCUCGCCCCGGGCGUCCGCGGCACGGAAGCGGAGGGCCGGCUCCGCGAGAAGCUCUUCUCUGGCUAUGACAGCUCGGUGCGGCCGGCGCGGGAGGUGGGGGACCGUGUCGGGGUCAGCAUUGGCCUCACCCUGGCGCAACUCAUCAACCUGAACGAGAAGGAUGAGGAGAUGAGCACAAAGGUGUACUUAAACCUGGAGUGGACUGACUACAGGCUGAGCUGGGACCCCGCGCAGCACGAGGGCAUCGAUUCACUCCGCAUCACGGCUGAAUCCGUGUGGCUUCCGGACAUUGUGCUCCUGAACAACAACGACGGGAAUUUUGACGUUGCCCUGGACUUGAACGUCGUGGUGUCUUCCAAUGGUUCCGUGCGCUGGCAGCCUCCAGGCCUCUACCGUAGCAGCUGCAGCAUCCAGGUCACCUACUUCCCGUUCGACUGGCAGAACUGCACCAUGGUGUUCAGCUCCUACAGCUAUGACAGCUCAGAGGUCAGCCUGCGGACCGGCUUGGGUCCCGACAAGCAGGAGCGGCAGGAAGUGCACAUUCAUGAGGGGACCUUCAUUGAGAAUGGCCAAUGGGAAAUUAUCCACAAGCCUUCUCGGCUAAUCCAGCCUCCCACAGAUCCUAGGGGAGGCGGGGAAGGACAGCGUGAAGAAGUCACCUUCUACCUCAUCAUUCGCCGGAAGCCUCUCUUCUACCUGGUCAACGUCAUUGCCCCAUGCAUCCUCAUCACUCUUCUGGCCAUCUUCGUCUUCUACCUGCCACCAGAUGCAGGAGAGAAGAUGGGGCUCUCGAUCUUUGCCCUGCUGACCCUUACCGUGUUCCUGUUGCUGCUGGCAGACAAAGUUCCUGAGACCUCCCUAUCUGUCCCCAUCAUUAUCAAGUACCUCAUGUUUACCAUGGUCCUCGUCACUUUCUCCGUCAUCCUCAGCGUCGUCGUCCUCAACCUGCAUCAUCGCUCACCGCACACCCACCAAAUGCCCGCUUGGGUCCGCCAUAUCUUCAUCCACAAACUCCCUCUGUACCUGGGUCUGAAGAGGCCCAAACCCGAGAGAGACCUCAUGCCGGAGCCACCUCCUGUGGCCCUCCGGGAUUAUCCAGGAAGUGGCUGGGGUCGGGGAACAGAUGAAUAUUUCAUCCGGAAGCCACCGAACGAUUUUCUCUUCCCCAAACCCAACAGGUUCCAGCCUGAGCUGUCUGCCCCGGACCUGCGGCGACUUAUCGACGGUCCGACUCGGACUGUGGGCCUGCCUCCCGAGCUACGGGAGGUCGUUUCCUCGAUCGGCUACAUCGCCCGGCAGCUGCAGGAACAGGAGGACCACGACGCGCUGAAGGAAGACUGGCAGUUUGUGGCCAUGGUAGUGGAUCGCCUUUUCCUGUGGACCUUCAUCAUCUUCACGACCGUUGGGACCCUCGUCAUCUUCCUGGACGCCUCGUACCACUUGCCCCCCCGCCGACCCCUUUCCUUGAGGACAGAGGGCCAAGACGAGAGUCCUCGGCCAGCUGAGCUGAGAGUGGGCAGUACUCCUAAGGCCUGUCCCUUUCUCCCUCUCGACUCCACUAGGAACCCAGGCUUCGCACAUCAUUGCCUCUCUGGGGAGAGCGCCCAAGGGGGACGGGGCCGAAUGAAGCCUUGGGCCCCAACAGAAAUGCACUAUCAGUUUAUUUAUUCUUUGGUUUCUUGUAGAAGUUUCUUUGGAUAUCAACGCUAGGUUGUCGGGAAAAUGGAACAAAGAAUGAGAAGUAGAUUGUACGCUCUAGGAGGGCAGGGACUGUGUCUUAUUCGCUGUAAUAUCUCCAGCACCUGGCACAGGGCCUGACCUAUGGGAUAGUAGGUGCUUCACAGUCGUUGAGUGAUUAAGGAUUUUUUCUUUCCUGGAAGGAAAUACACCAGUUAUUAUCAGUGCUUAUGUUUGCAUGUUGA